ACCACGAAUUAGGUGUAACUGAAGGGCACCAAAGAGUGCCAUCAAGUGUGUGGUUGACCAGUUCAAGUUCCUUAUAAAGUGGACAAACGGACACGGGUCUUACUUCUCUGGACUUGGACGGGUCUGCAUUUAAAGGGUAUGAGAGAGGCCUACCUAACCAGCUUAGACCGAGCGGGGCAAUGUAGGCGUGAUGUGUACUGGUAUUUAAAGCCGCGGUACGGACUCGACUACAAACACACAGAAAUAUACCUACAGAUGUCACUACGACCCUUGCUUCCAAAUAUCGUCGCAGUUUGAUAUCAAGUUUAAACCAAUAUCAGAUAUCGGAAUGAACGAAAUAGAGGAGCAUUACCUGGAGUUUAUUGACAAUAUUUUAUUUCGAAGUUCUUUAACCGGCGUGUGUGUAUUGGCGGGAUAGUUCGUGCUUGAGCGGGUCUCUUAUGUACAUCUCAGUAACACUCUCUUAUACACUUGGACUUCUAACUUGGGAAUUGUGAGGAACUAGCGACGUGAUCAUGGUCAAGGCUUACACAGCUCGGAGAAUCAUAAGGUACAUGUACCAUUCGAGGACUUUAAUAACAAUCGAUCUCGGCGUUCAAUUAUAAUCGGUGAAAUAUUUACAUAUCCAGCUUGUGUAUUGGUGCGUCCUUGACGUAUAACUGUCGAUACUGACUGGUCGUAGUCACUGAUACCGUGCCUAGCCAUACAGGAUUGAGGAUGUGAAGUCAUACAGGUGAGCAGGUGAAGUCAUACAGGUGUGAGGAUGUGAAGUCAUACAGGUGAGCAGGUGAAGUCAUACAGGUGUGAGGAUGUGAAGUCAUACAGGUGAGCAGGUGAAGUCAUACAGGUAUGAGGAUGCGAAGCCAUACAGGUAUGAUACGAUAGAACCGUAUGUGUAAACUCUCGUGUUCUGACAGGUGAAAGGAGUUACACUCAUUAUACAGAACAUAUUGACGUGAUUUCUUUGUGCUGGGCAGAUUCCAAAAAUAACUCGACGGAAUAAAGACAUAAUUGAAAACACGAUUGAUCAUUUGGAAGGUGAAGAGGAUGGUCAAACAUUGGAGCGUAGAUCGCAGUAAGUGUAAGUAGGAUGAUAAGUUGAACAGGCACAGGAACAGGAAUAGACUUAAUUGAAAGUGGUAUGGGUUAUUUGAAUAAUGUGAAUGUCAUUAACCGACUCUUCAGAUGUUUAAUGAUCACCAGCGAAUAUCGACAGGUAAAUAUCCUAGUGAGAACCAUUCUACGGAUAAAUUCGGAACGGAAGCAACAGACGAUUUACGGAGACAUUUAAAAGGCGAGGAGGGCACUGCCCGUAAGGGAUUGUCUAAUGUGAACGGAUUCUCGGUUAUUCGCCCGUCGAGAAGUCAUCCCUCACCCCCUCUAAACAACAUGAUGGUAUCGGGAGGAGAAUAUGACCGGAAAGGUAUGAUGGGUGAUAGAAUGGUAUACGACUUUGUCUCGCGGAGGGAUACUGCGAGACGGAAUUUAAUGGGCCAUUUGUACACACGACAGCCUGUGUUAAAACGUAGUUACUCGUUUGUUGCCGGUGAACGUCCUGCCACAGAAACACUUCUUCCACAGCUUCACAGAAGAGAAAAACAUUCUGCCAUUAGUUUUAAUUCCGAGAAAUAUACGAAGCCUGGUCGAACUGUAAAUAAACGGGACUUAAAACAAUGGCAGGCUGAUAAAAAUACAGGAAAACAAAAUGGAGUUGUUCAAUCACCGGCAGGUAAAAAUCAGAAAACCACAAACGGUACACGUCCUGGGAGUCAUCAAAUCAGCCUUCCUGAACUUAUAAACGACAUAAAUAUGUCCUCGAGACUUCACUCACCUGGUGACUCGGACGGAGAAGAUGCCAACAGUGCACAAAAAGGACCGUUAGAAUUAAUACGCAGCAUGGAAAUGAAACCGUCUAGUCCUGUAAAGUCAAAAUCAGUAAAAUACCGGCCAAUUACACCGGGUGUUAUAGAAAAGUUGAAUAAACUAAGACUAUCAUCCAAGAUACGUACAGAACAAUGGGUAAAGACACUGCCAUUGGAUUAUCGGGCUGCAUAUUCAGAAGCAGACGACAAUCUCACGGAACCGUCAGAACAUUCACCCAAAGAAAAGGAAUGGAUUUAUACAGCAACUUAGUGUUCGAGUGUUUGAAAUAUAUUGUCCCGUGUGAACCAUUCAUUUACGAGAUAUCAAGUUUGAACCAUUCUUGUACGGGAUAUCAUCUAGUUUGAACCAUUCUUGUACCGGAUAUAAACUAGUUUGAAACAUUCAUGUACGGGAUUUCUUCCUAUGUGCACCGAUCUUGUACGUGACAUCACAUACAGCAGCUUGAAUUUCAAUAGCAGGAGAUACCAAGCAUCAACCAACGUUAUACUAGGUAUGGCCAGAGACCUAUAUACUAAAUAUAGGUCUCUGGUAUGGUAUAUCUAUAUGAGAUCUCGUCUUGUGUGAACAUCAGUGCACGAUAUCUCGCCUAGUCCGAGAUUUAAGGUGUUCACGUGACUACGCAUUAAUGGAUUUGAAUUAUCACUGGUGAAUUCAUCACCUCUAACAUGGCUUCUAUUGGAUUAAAAAGUAGCAUGAUCAGCGUCACAAAAUGUAGCGAUUUUUUGACAAUUAUAUAAAAGAUUAUAAUGUAAAUGAGGUUAUUAGUAUCUUAAAAUUUCAAACAGUAACAACAUUUAUAUUGAUAACACAAUUAUAAAUCACCUUUUUUACACAAAA